AUGGCGGACGAUGUGGAACAUUUCUUAGAGUUUGUCUUAAAAAGGUCCGAAGAAAUAAGUUUGCAGGAAAACGAAGGCAUUCUCUCUGAACUAUUAAAACAUAUAGAUUUGCUUGGUAGGACAGUACAAUUACUGGAAGAAAUAAGAGAUUUUGUUGUGAAUGCUGGUGAGCCUGAUUCAGGGAAAUGGCAGCAAUUGGUGAACGUUUAUUGUGAAAUUGAAAGCGAAUUUAUUUGUCUCUACAAUCGCGAAGCAACUCGAAUUACCGUAACAUGCCAACUACCGUUGUUAAUUGAGGAAACUAAAUGUGCUGGCAGACCGGGUUAUCACAUGGGUAAUCUCGCAGUGCUCGGAAGACGCACUGUGAUUGGCUGUUAGGUGAAAGGGUUUUCCCUACACGAUUUUCGUUUCUCAAAGGCGGAAGUGAUUCCAACCGUAAUCCUGCCAAAAUAGCCGUGACGGUUCCAGUGGGUGCAUUGGUUGCAGUGGUUGCAUUGGGCGCAUUGGGUGCAUUGGGCGCAGUGGGUGCAUUGCUUGCAAUGGUUGCAGUGGUUGCAGUAGGUGCAUUGGGCGCAGUGGGUGCAGUGGGUGCAUUGCUUGCAAUGGUUGCAGUGGUUGCAGUGGUUGCAGUAGGUGCAUUGGGCGCAGUGGGUACAUUGCUUGCAAUGGUUGCAGUGGUUGCAGUGGUUGCAGUAGGUGCAUUGGGCGCAGUGGGUGCAUUGCUUGCAAUGGUUGCAAUGAUUGCAGUGGUUGCAGUAGGUGCAUUGGGCGCAGUGGGUGCAUUGGGCGCAGUGGGUGCAUUGCUUGCAAUGGGUGCAUUGGUUGCAGUGGUUGCAAUGGGUGCAUUGGGCGCAGUGGGUGCAUUGGGCGCAGUGGGUGCAUUGCUCGCAAUGGUUGCAGUGGUUGCAGUAGGUGCAUUGGGCGCAGUGGGCGCAGUGGGUGCAUUGGUUGCAAUGGUUGCAGUGGUUGCAGUAGGUGCAUUGGGCGCAGUGGGUGCAUUGGUUGCAAUGGUUGCAGUAGUUGCAAUGGGUGCAGUGGUUGCAGUAGGUCCAUUGGGCGCAGUGGGUGCAUUGCUUGCAAUGGUUGCAAUGGUUGCAGUGGUUGCAGUAGGUGCAUUGGGCGCAGUGGGUGCAUUGGGCGCAGUGGGUGCAUUGCUUGCAAUGGUUGCAAUGGUUGCAGGGGUUGCAGUAGGUGCAUUGGGCGCAGUGGGUGCAUUGGGCGCAGUGGGUGCAUUGCUUGCAAUG